UUUGUAGAUAGCAGUCCUUUCCACCACAGUAAUAGUACUCUGACGGCCUAGGAGGGAAAACACACAACCAAACCAGAAGUGUUUGGAUACAGUGGGAAACGAAAGGAGAGGAAAAUCUAACAUCGGCUCACAUUACUGGACCAUGGCGUCGGCAACCCAACCAAAGAGAAUGGUGUCUUCUGUCUUCAUCACCCUGGCUCCUCCGUACAGAGCCACGCUGACCAAGCCCCAGCACACUCUGCAGACCCACCGGGCCCCGGCCUGGGACCAGCAGCAGGCCGCCGUGCGCGUGGAGCCCCGCGGCGGUGACGGCUUCCGACCGGCCGGCCAAAGACACCGGAAAGACAGCAGCCCGUCUGAGCUCAGGCCCAGCGGGGGUACGGCGCCUGCAGCGACCUGCGGGUCGGACCCCACUGGUCCCACUGACCCACACGUUAGACCAGCAGGGCUGCACAAGGACAGCCUGCCGGAAGUGCACAUUCCCGUACCCCCUCCUGCACUGCUGUAUCCAAAGCCCUCUGAAGAUGAUGAUGUGUACCUCGCUGGGCUUGCAUCUCACCAAGAGGGGUUCUCCCCUCAGCCCUCAACACCCGCUCACCCACUAAGUCAGAUAAGUCAGCAACAGAAAAGGACCCCAUCUAGUGGAGACGAUUCAGGCCAACAGUCCCAUCGGACCCCACCCAUUGAGGUGGACGGCAUUCUGGAGAGUAACGAGCUGUGCGGAUUCUGUAGGAAGACAGUGGCUCUCGCUGAACCUGCCAUAGAGGCUUUAAACAGGACCUACCACGACAGUUGUUUCCAAUGUAGACAGUGUCAGACCCCACUGGCAGGUAAACUGUACUACAACAAAGCUGGAAUCCCACUGUGUGAGGAAUGCUACCAGGCCAGUUUGGAGCUUUGCUGGGCAUGUGGUGACACAAUCAAAGACCUUGUGAUUCGUGCACUGGAGCGUACGUACCAUCCUGCAUGCUUCACAUGUGCAACAUGUUAUCAGCAAAUUGGAGAGCAAAGAUUUGCUCAGGGAGAGGUUGGCGAAGUCUACUGCAUACAGGACUACUACAGAAAAUACGCCCCCCAGUGUAAUGCCUGUAAGCAGCUGAUCAUUCCCAAAGAAGACGGCACCGAUAGCUACACUGUAGAAUGCCAGGGCAACUCUUUCCAUGAGGACUGCUACCGUUGUGAGAUCUGUGCCAUCCAGCUCUCUCCUGAUCCGAAUGAACAUGGAUGCCAUCCCUUGGAUGGGAGGAUGCUUUGCAAAGACUGUCAUCUGAGCCUGGUUUCUGCCUAGCAAUAACAUCAAAUCAUAAACAAGGAGUGACCAAUAAGAAAGUAACCAUAAUGCUGGUUAAAAAAAGAAAAGGUGAAUGACUUGUCUUGUACGUUUUAAGACUGGAACUUGAAAUGGAAACCUUUUGACCAAAAUGAAAUGAUAAUGGUUAUAUGACCAAAAUGAAUAAUUUAGAAUACAAAAUAUGUAUGCUUUCAUUAGGCCUAUACUUUUUAAUUUUGCACUGUUUAUUUCAUUACACAAUGCACCAGAUAUAUUUAUUCAACAAUUAUGCAAAACACUAUGGUAAAAUGUACAGCAUUGGUUUUAUUGUAUUUUUUUUACAUUCUUACGAAUAUAUCACAAUCAUGGUAUUCUUUUGUAUAAAAAAAAUAAACUAAUAUAUAUUUUCUGUAUGCAUGAGUUUAUUUUCAAACUUUUAUUGAUCGUGGGUAUUCAAACCAAAUAUAAGUGUAUAGGCAUAGCCGAGCAGAGCUGGUUCCAGAAUGCAGAAGUCGCUUCUCUUUCUAUUAUAACUACCUAUCUAACGUGAACUAACUAUGCUAAUGCUUACAACUUUGAACAGCCAUUCGCGCUUCCUAGGUCCACCAGCUUAUCCUUAUACAACUCAAAUAAACAUCGACUUCGUCAAUUGAUAAAAAAAAAAGAAGGCAUACAGAGCGAAAUAAUCAUUCACAAACAUGAGCCGAUAAGGUUGAUCAUAUUUUGAACUUAAACUUAAAUGAUCAUCUUGUCCAACCUAGGGUUGUUUUUUGUCGUAUCUUAAAUGGUUAUAAUUGUUUUAUACAUGACAACAUUAUGAAAUGAAUAUUGUAUGUGUAUAAAUUAUCCCCUUCACGUGUGUUGGGAUCCUUAAUCAUAAUGAUCUACAUUACUGUACAUUGUUCCUAGAAAUA